AUGUAUGGUGCUAACCCGCCCUACGACAGUCGCCAAGGGUUUGGCCGGGGAGGAAACAACAAGAACAACCCCCCCAAGAGUCCUGCGCAAGCUCCCCAAGCUCCCCAGGCGGGCGCUAUGUCCAACUCCCCUUCGCUCUCCAACAGCCUCGCCAUUGACAACCUCGCCACGAAUGACCCCGAUGCCCCCAAGUACUUCUUCCAGGAGAAGUACGCCCCGCUGAAUGUGAGAGGCAACUUCUUGACCCUGUGUGCUUGUCCGAAGAAUGUGGAGCUGGGCGAGUGGCUGGCUCACCAGAUUGUUGAACAAUAUCGCCUGCUCCACGGCAUGCUUCAGGUCAUCCAGGAGGUCAACGGUGUGACUGGCCUUCCGAUUUGCAAUGAAAACACAUGUCCGACCAUGUCGGCGGGAAGGUUGACUUACACUUGGCUUGUGGACGGCCGCGCAGCGAAGAUCUCCGCCCCCAAAUUCAUCAAUCGCGUCGAGAAAUGGAUUGUCAGCAAGAUCCACGACCCGGUCAUGUUCCCCACCGAGAAGGUGAAUGGCACCCCUGAAACGGCAUCCAUGAGGGAUGCUAGCGGUGCCCCUGCGGCUGCAUCCUCCGCGACUCCCACGGAUCCCAUCAGCCCAGCUGGCACAAACGGCAAUGCCGGCGCAUCGACGGAUGAGUGGAUCGGCCAGUCCAGCGGCUUCCCCCAACAUUCUACAAGGACUGCCAGGAUGUUCCGCUGCUACGCCCACCUGUACCACGCCCACUGGCUGAAUCCGUUCUGGCACAUCAACAAGCAUGAUAUCUUGAACAUGUGCUUUGUGCACUUUAUCACGGUCGCCAAGUAUUACCAGCUUGUCUCGGACAAGGAGAUGGAGCCGAUGCAGCCGCUGAUCGACCUGUUUAUUAAGCAGCAGCGGGUGCCCCCAGAGGCCCUGAACGGUGGCCACUGGGCUCAACAGCAGCCGGCCAACUGA